AUGCCUCCCAAGACAAAGCUGCCCCCAGGCUUUGAUCGCUAUGACGGAACGAGAGAUCCAGAAGAUCAUCUGCAUGCCUUCCGAGGAGCGGGGCAGCUGGGAAGGUGGUCCAUGCCAGUAUGGUGCCACAUGUUUGUGCAAACCUUAACAGAAGGAGCCCGGCUGUGGUUUGAUAGCCUCCCUCCGGGGAGCAUAGACAGCUACGAAGAGUUAAGCGAAAAAUUCCUCAGGAAUUUUGGCCAACAAAGGAAGGUGGUCAAGAAUCCCAACGAAAUCCUCCACAUCAGGCAAAGGGACAACGAGCGAAUAGACCAGUACAAGGAAAGGUUUGUCAAAGAAAGCAUGAACAUCAAGGAUGUCCCGGAGGUCAUGAAAAUCAGUAGUUUCAUAAAUAGGCUGAAGCAUGCACAGCUGUGCGAAAAGCUGGGAGAGGAGUUCCCACCUUCCUUCGACAAUCUCAUGGACAGGGUCAGGGCUUUCGUCCGGGGAAAGGAUACGGUCAGCAAAGCUAAGGAGACAGACACCACACCCCGAAGGGCCGCCCCAACAGCAAGACCCCCUGAGAAAGGUACUCCCUAUUCCCGAAAGCCUCCCUUUGAUAGAAUGUUGCUUGACAGGGCAAGGCCCUCAUACUCCCCCUACCGACCCCGAGGGAGAGGCCCUCCCCCUUACUCCGACAGCUUCACCCCACUCGUUAAGACUCCAAGUGAGAUACUGGCCACGGAAAGAGUGAAGAAUUCUUUCCCAAGACCACCCCCCAUAAAGCCAGGACCCAAAGCACAGCCGAACGAAUACUGUGAGUUUCAUAAGGGCUUCGGGCACAAAACCGAUGACUGCAUGUACCUCAAGAGGGAAAUAGAGGCUGCAGUGAAAACGGGAAGACUGGCCCACCUGGUCAAGGAAAUCAAAGAAGGGGGAUGGGAUCGUAAGGGAAGAGACGCAAGAGAGCCUGGGAGGGCAGAUGUUGAUAUGAUAAGGAGGAGAAAUGAAUUUGAUGUUACCCGAAGUGUUAAGGCCAGGAUCCUAGGCUCUCCGAACUGCAUGAAAACUCCCAUCCUUAUGCCGUACUUAGAAGAAAGCGAAGUGCAACGACUUCCGCUGAAUAUCUCAGCUGUGAUAGCUGGACACAAAGUGUCUAGAAUACAUGUGGACGGAGGGUCAGGCGUCGAGCGUAUCACACCCUCUGGGAAAGAUCAGGCUCCCAUUUACAGUUGGUGUAGGGGACAGGAUCCGGACGAUCAAUUUAACCUUCACUGUAGUUGUAGGUCCCUUCACGGAGGAUGA